AAUAGGAUGAUAUUAGAGCAGUUGAGACGAGAACUAAAUGGAGAAGCAAAGAACUAUCCGACUUUGAAGUUUAAGAAGAAACAGCAAAAGGAAUUUGAGAAAAUUGACACCAAGAAAUUGCUGAGAAUCUCAAUGCAAAAGACUUUCUCCACUGGUCGAGACAAACCUAUGGAAAAGUCUCAUGAUUUCAUUUUUGACUUCAAAGGCAAUGGGAGUAUAAAAUCGUCACCUCAGAAGACUUCUACGGGUAUCUGGAAGAACUCUUUAUCUAAGUCAACCAGAAAGAGGAGUGAUUCAAACAUAACAAAGGGUUUAAGACAAGCUAGAGUGACUGAUAUUUACUCUGACAAGAUUCGUGAGUAUAUGAACCCGUUACCAAUCAAGGAGACUCAUAAUCAAAUGCCUAGACGUUCCAAGAGCGUAGCUGGGGAUAAUAAAUAGCUUUACUAGCGACAAGUACGGCUACGAGAUCAAUCCAGAAGAAUAUGAACGUAAAAAGGAAGCCAAUAAGCUUAUUCUUAAACAAGUCAGGGAAAAGUCCCAGUCUUUCAUCAGGAAGGCUAUGGAGGAAACUCAGGAUGACCUUAAGAGACAGAAGAGAGAUUUUAGCGAAUAUGAUAGAAAGCAUCAAGCCAAAUUGGAGAAGUACAAAAAAUUAUUACUGGACCAAAGGACUUAUAAUACGUCUGAAAUGCAAAGGAAAAUGAAGAGUUCUACCAAAAUAUUCUCCCAAGAUUUACAGCUAAAGAGAGCAAAGGUUGCAAUGGCUAGAUAUAUUGAAGAGAAGAGAAAGAAUCAGCUCAAUUCACUUGAGAGAAAGAAAGUGUUUUCCAAGGUAGCCCAACAGAACAUAAGUUUGGCACAGAUCAGGCUCAGAGAUACACAAUUCCUAAAGUUGCAAGAACUCCAAGAAGACAGAGACCAUUUUGCUGCAAGUGUAGACCCAUUCACAAUUAACCGUAGACGCUAUAAUGAUGCUUUGAAGCUUAUGAACAAGAGGGCAGAUAGGUACCACUUGAACAUAGAAGAGUAAGCCUCUAACAUUCACUUUUGU